AUGUCGUCAUCAGGAAUUGAAGAAUUUGAAGCUGUUCUUAAAGAGAUUUCAACUUUGCCUGCACCAGGUGUAUCUGGUACUCGUAUUAAAAAGUUGACUGAUCUUGCUGUGAAAGAAAUCAACGUGGAAAACGAACCAAAGUUGAUUUCUAUUUUGUAUUCUCAAUGUAAAGCAAAUUCAUCGACUAAUAAGUUGGGAACAUUAUAUGUUGUUGACUCCAUAGUCCGAAGAUUUAUCGAGGAGGCUAAUAAGAAAAAUGAGGCGUUGGUGCCUAAUGCGCCAGAAGGUACAUAUGCAUCUGCUGUUUUCAAAAUAAAUGAACUAGUCGAAUCUUUAGUUGAUGAUGCUAUGGAAUUACUGAUUAAUCCUUCUAUAAACAUAAAAAUUGGUAAAUUGAUUGAUAUUUGGGCUAAACUGGAAACUUUUUCUCCAGAAGUAAUUCUGAAUAUUAGAAACAAACAUUUCAAAUCUACUACCCCACCCGGUUCGCCUCCAAAAACAAGUAUUGCCCCGGUUAAACCAGAUGCCACGGAAGGAACAAAAGAGUCGAGUAGUAUUUUGCUGGCGUUAGCUUCAUUGGCCAAAGCUAAUGGAACAAAUAAUGAAACCCCGCCUAGCUCCCAAUCCUCUUCAGCCAACAAUAACGAAAGUGGAUCCAAUGCCACUAAUAUUUUAUCUCAGUUGUCUGCUCUUGCCGGUAAUAGUAGUAACACUGAUAGUGCAUCUUCACAACCACCAGUUCAACAACAAUACCCCUCUUACCCUCAAGGUGGUGGGCAAACCGGCGAUGCUGCUCUUCUCAAUAUGUUGCAACAAAUGCAAGGUGGUGGUGGAGCUACUGCAGGCGCUUCAGCAGUCCCACCAGCUGGUGGUGUUAACGGAGCUAGAGAGGACCAUACUGCUGGAUUUGAUAGAAGACGUGGUCGUGAUAAUGAAUAUGGUUCACAUUAUGGUAGAAGAAAUAGAUCAAGAUCGCCCAAGCGUGGGUCAAACACUUGGGUGAGAUCGUCUCCAAGUUCAUCGGUACAGGCUCUUCAACAGAAUAUGCAAAACUUGAGACAACAAAAGCAAGCAAAUCAUGGAUACCCACAACAUACCAAUGGUCAAGUUGAUCAAGGUUUUGUUCCACCAAAUGCUAUGGGUGGGGAAUUAAACUUACCAGGGACCCCACAUUAUCGUCCAAGAACAGUGCAAUUUGACUCUACUAUUCCACAAGGUACUGUGAAAGUGUUAUCUCGAACAUUAUUUUUAGGAGGAGUUCCUAGAAAUAUGGAUGAAAGGUCUUUGGCUCAAGUGUUACGUCCAUAUGCUGAAAUCCAAUCGGUUAUUUUAAACAGUGAGAAAAAACAUGCUUUUGUUAAAGUCUACUCCAGAAGAGAAGCAGAACAAGUUAUUACUUCGUUCAACAAGGAUGGUGCUUUGCCAUUGAGAACAAGAUGGGGAGUUGGUUUUGGACCAAGAGAUUGUUGUAAUUAUCAACAUGGUAUAUCGAUUAUUCCUAUUCAAAGAUUAACUGAAGCUGAUAAAAACUGGAUUGUUAAUGCUCAAUGGGGUGGUACUGGGGGUCAGCCAAUACUGAGUGGUAUGGUUGUGGAUGAACCAGAUAUUGAAAUUGGCUCAGGGUUAUCUUCGAAGGCCAUGUCAAAAAAGAUGCCAACAAACUCUGCUAGAAAUGGUCCUAAGUCAAAUAGACCAGGCGAACCAGAUGAAGAAUACGUGAAGACAACAUUGAUUCCUCAAGGAAAUAUUCAAAUGACUCAUGGUGCUCAACCCCAGUUUAAUACGUAUCUGCAAUCGUCAGUCAAUCCUUUGCAAGGGUUAUUUGAAAACAAUGUACAACAACAACAACCGCCACCACCACCACAACAACAACAACAACAACAGCAGCAGCAGCAACCUCCAAUGCAAUUUCCUGCAGGGUUUCCUCAAAUUCCUCCACAACAACCAGGUCAGCCUGGUAUGAACAAUAAUGAAGCAAUGGCAAUGCUUGCUGCAAUGAUGCAAACCAUGCAACAACAGCAACAACAACAACACCCACCCCAUUAG